GUGUAGCGCUUUGAGAUGUCUCGAAGAUGUGAUCAGGGACAAAAUAAUAUGCACUGGGUUCUUAUUAUUAUGAACAUUACACUAUUGUAGUUAUUAAAUUCACUUCACAGAAGAGCGCUUCUAGACAUCUUGAAGACAUGAUAAAGUGCUAUAUCAAAUGUAAGGAUUAUCAUUAUUAUUAAACAUUCUGAGACAUGACCUUACGAAUGGCCUGAAUGUGCUAAACAUCUGUGUUCCUUUUGUCUUCAGGUGUCUGUCCCUUUGAACAGCAGUUGGUCUGUGAUCCCCACUCACACAGCCAAGUCCUAAAGGUGAAAGUACCAAACAGAGCAAAGAGCUGAUGGUGAAAUGGCGUCUGAACAGGAACUGGAGAACCUGAGAAAUGAAGCUACAUGUUCAAUCUGUCUGGAGUUUUACACGGAACCGGUGACUAUAGACUGUGGCCACAACUUCUGCAGAGACUGUAUUUUACAGUGUUGGGGCACAGGACAAGAAAGUGUGUCCUGUCCGCAGUGCAGGCAGCAGAUUCCCCAGAGGGGUGUUCGGCCCAACAGAACUCUGUCUAACAUUGUGGAGAGUGUUCAGAGACUGAGCCUGAAUCCGAGGCUGGAAGAGGUGGGAAUCCAGUGUGAAGAGCAUGAGGAGAAGCUGAAACUGUUUUGUGAAAUGGAUCAAAGAGCGAUCUGUGUGGUCUGUGCGAUGUCCCGUGAUCACAAGGAUCACACAGUCAUUCCCAUUAAGGAAGCUGCUGAGCUCCACAAGCAAAAGCUGCAGAAAGCCCUGGAAACCCUUCAGGAACAGUUGGGUGAAAUGUCUCAGUGUCAGAGAGAAGAAGGAGCUACUCAAAUGGAAGUCCAGAGACAAGCCGAGCGUCUGAGGAAGAACAUUGACGCUGAAUUUGCUAAACGUCACCAGCUGCUGAUUGAGGAGCAGCGAGACCUGAUCACCAAACUCAGACUGCAGGAGGAGGCCAUCGUGGGCCAAAUAGAAAACAAUAAGAGCCACAUUUCCAAGCAAAUUACUUCUAUUAAUCAGAGAAUAGCAGAAAUCCAGAAAAGACUGACUCUGCAGAACACCGAAUUCCUGAAGGAUAUCAAAUCCAUCAUUGACAGGUCUGGUGUUGACAUCAAGAAAUCC